GUGAUACCGAAUGUCGAGACUGAAGUGAUCCUCCGCCUUGAGCUGGUUUGGUAGAGUGCACUCUAUAACAUCGUUCUUCGAGCCACCAUGUUGUAACUCACGAAGCCAGCUUGUUUAUUGAAGCCAAUGAAAACAGUGAAGAGGCUCGGUCGGGGAGAAAUACUUCCUCAGUGCUCCAUGUGCUGCGAGACAGAUAACGAUGAGUGUCACUCUCAUAUUCGCGUCCAUCAUCAUCGUGUAUCUCCUGCACGACUUCGUGAAAAAACUCCUCGUUUGGUCCAAACUCCCACCAGGUCCAUGGGGUGUACCAUUUCUGGGCUCGAUCCCCUUUCUCCUGGGAGGGCCCCUCCACAAGAUAUUGGACUCCAUGAGGAAGAAGUACGGGGACAUCUACACCCUCGGCUUGUUCCACAAACAGGUCGUCAUGCUUAGCAACUGGGAAUUGGUGCGCGAUUUCUUCGGACGAAUGGAGAUCUCCGGCCGACCUGAUGCGGAAGAGGUGAGAAAACACAAGCGAGAUCUGCCUUCGUCCAGCGGAGCAAAGGACUACAUCGACGCCUACCUCACUGAAAUGGAACAGCAGAAGUCACGAGGAGAAAUCAACCCAAAUUUUUCUGAACUCCAAUUGCGAGUGAACAUCUCGGAUCUGUUCAUCGCUGGAAGCGAGACGACUUCCAACACGAUUCGGUGGUGCGUCCUUUUCCUCCUCUGUCACCCUGAAAUUCAGGGGAAACUUCAGGCUGAAGUUGACGACGUCGUCGGGCGCGACAGACUUCCUUCGCUCAACGAUCGAGACAGAAUGCCCUACACCGAAGCCUUCCUAAUGGAAGUACAGCGCCUGGCACGCCUAAUACCCCUUGGCGUGACUCAUGCGGCCACUGAGGAUGUGGAAAUCGACGGCUAUCAAUUUCCCAAGGGGACGGUGUUCAUGGCGAGCAUAUGGUCUUGUCACUCGGAUCCCAAGUACUGGCCGGAUCCGGAAAAGUUUGAUCCUGGAAGAUUUCUCAACUCCGACGGGACCUUGAAGACCAAAAUUCCCAGUUUUCUUCCUUUUGCCCUUGGGAAGCGUCAAUGUCUGGGCGAAUCCUUGGCACGCAUGGAGCUUUUCUUGUUCGUGACCAUCUUCAUGCAAAAACUCACAUUUCGGACCACGACGGGACGUCCUCAUCCCAAAGCCGAGAGCGUUGACAGUUUCGCCUUGAAUCCUCCAAAGCCUUUCCAAUUCCUCAUCGAGGAGAGAAUGGAGUAGAAUGGGAAUGAUCAAUAUGCAGCUCGUUGGGAAAAUAUUGAUAUCCUUCAAUACUUCUUCGCAGAAGUCAAGACAAUAAUGGACUAAUUUCCAUAUUCGAUAGAGUUGAUAUUAUAUUCGUCAUGCAGCAUA